AGGAGCGUGAAAUAGGAGUCCUUUUGCGGGUGGUGAUCAGUUCCUCGGUUGGAUUGAAGGACGAUUCGCGAUGGUGCCGUCGCGGUGCGUGAAGAGCGAAUACAUGAAGCGCUUUAAGGAACCGAAAUGGGAGGCAUGCGGCCCCUGCUACCAGGAGUUAUUGCGCUACCGCCUGAGCCGGCGUCUCUUAGAACAGGCGCAUCGGCCUUGGUUUUGGGAUGACUGGGAACAGGACAGCAGUCUGAGCGGCAGCGGCAGUUCCCCGUCGUCCCUGGGCACUUCCAGCCCUCCAGUGGUCCCACAGCGAGAAGAGGAAGCGGCAGGUCCUGCGGGGGAAGUGGAAGUACCCAGCGGCGACCUUGGUCUCGACAGGAUCAGCGCGCCGGGAGAGGGUGAGGCUUCCAGUUCGACGCCGGCGGAGGCCCCCAGCGGAGCCGAGGGAGAUGGCCAAGAAAAGUCUGAAGGGAAGGCUGUGGUCAAGAAAGACGAAAAGAAACCUGCAGGGAAAGGAAUCAGCCAUUCAAGUUGUCCACAAAGACAGCCUUUGAGUCAGAGCAGUGCCUCAGGUGGGCAAGGUGACCGCAAAGGAGCAAAAAGCCCCCAAAGGACAGAAACAACAUUGGGAAUAAAACACCCAUUUGCUUUGUACGGAUGGGGCGAAAAGCAGACUGACACAGGCAGUCAGAAGACACACAAUGUCCGCGCAUCUGCUUCAGUAAACGAAAUACAUGAAUCUGCAUUAAGAGCCAAGAACAGAAGACAAGUGGAAAAAAGGAAGCUAUCACAGAGACGGAUACACACAGUAGAAGUAGAAAGAACAUGGAGAACCAAAUCUUCAGGUCCAGACAAUCCAUGGAUGACAGAAUACAUGAGGUGUUACUCAGCACGAGCUCGAUGAUUCAAACCAUAAUUGGACUUCUACUUUUUUAAAAUUCAGAGCGCAUUGGAAAACAACUGGGACACCAGUAGAAAACUCCAAACUAUUAUGCAAUGGUUUUUCAUUUUUUACAAAAGGGUUUUUUCCCCGCAGUUUGUUACAUUUAUUUAUAUUUUGACUACUUAACCUUUGCAGUAGAAAAGAAAGAAAGGAUCCAUAUUGAUGGGAACUAUGUUUACCAAUAUAGCUCCCUUACUAGCUUUAUUUAUUUUUUAAGGAAAGUGUCAAGAACUGACCUUCAGCUGAAAAACUAAAAUUGAACAAUAAACUUUUAAAUAAAGUAACUCAAUAUUUUCUUGAAAAUGCUUUUUUCUCUAGUUACUGAAUAUACCAAUCUUGUGCCAAUAGAAAAGUGGUUGCACUAGAGUUACAUUGAAAGCAUCCAACUUUCAAUGCAAUUUAUUAUAAAAAAAUCAUGAAAACUUGACAGCAACUGAUUUGUAAAGAUUCUUUCUGGACAAAUGAAGGUCGCAUUAAAUUAUGACAUGAGCUGAUUGGCAAUAAUUUAUAUAAGGACUGCACACUUUACAAACUAGUAAGUAAAGAACAGUGCUUUGUGGAGGCUGACCACUGGAUUCCUUAGACAACCUAUUGUUUUCUCUCUGGAACUGCAAAAAUGAGGUGGUCAUUUACCCAACUUAAUAAAUCACAAGGACGACUAAAAGCUCUUGCAGAGAUAUCUGUCAGUGAUCUAGACCUGGUAAUGCUAGGAGUGUUUUUAUAGUAUAGAAAAUUCUCCCCUUUUGAUAUAUAGUGACUUUUGGGGUUUACAUUCCUGUUGUAGAUGUUGUGACCAUACAAAAUUGGACAUUUUGGUGCAAUAGAUUAGUAAUAUCCUGUGACUGUGUUUUGAAACAUUUGCUAUCAUGAACCCAUUGUACCAAAUGACAGAUAAAGACAAUCAUUAACUAUGAUGGGCCAAUGAGUAGUUUGUAGAAAGCUACAUGGUUUUGUUAUUAAACUUUUUUUUUGUAGUAAAAUGCUUCCUUUUGGGUGGACUUAAAUACAUGCAGUGGACAGUUCUGUUAGAUAAGGUUUCUGCAUAGUGACUUUUAUAACAUUAGAAUUCUGAAUUUGUUUCAUUUGCCUGUCUAAUCAAGCUAGGGUAUAUUCCACGUCAAGACUCAGGUGACAUUGCAAAUUUUGCUGCACUCAAACGUAUCACAUAUUUCUGGUUUUUUAAAAGUGAUUUUCUAUAAUUUAGAGGAAGAAGCCAUUGGCAAUCGUGAGAGUGCAACAAACUUGAGAGAUUGUACCACAUAGAGUGAGACUACCUGUGAUUUUUAACUUUGAAAUAAAAGUUUUUUCAGUCACAGUUACUAUUUCCUCAGAUCUUGAUAUAUUUUGGCUUUAGAGAUACAGCAAGGGCAGAUCUUUGUACAACUGACAUUAAUCACCAACAGUAAGAUUUUUAAUAGCUCAUUUUUCAACUCACUUUUGCUCAGAAUGAAUCCUUUGUUCUGAAAACUAGGACAGGUAUAUUAUUUCGUUAUUUAGAUCCUGCCUUUUCUCCAGGAUCUAAGAAAAAGCCUGCAUUCAUAGCAUUGUCUUUCCCUUUUUUCCCCCACAAAUUACCCUGUGGGUAAGGGGCUGAGAGACCCUGACAGGCCCAAAGUAAUCCAGUGAGUUUCCAGUGAUGCUGGAAUUGAAACUGAUUUCUAGUCGAACACUUCAACCAUUAUACCACUAGUGUCAUUUUACCUCUUCUAUAGUUGUAUGUAUGUGGCUUUAUUUCCAGCUAUAGGUAGAUUUAGUUGGGCUUUUUGUUGGAAUGGUAAUUUGUUUCCUCAGUCUGUGUAGUAUUCCUUCAGUGAACCAAAUUAAUGAAUUUGAACUGUUAUGUGGCUUCAACAUAAAAUGACUGGGACCAAUGUUCAAGUUCGCAUUUAGCCAAAAGAGUAUCACAUGUGCACCGGAGAGAGGCUAGGAAAUGAUGAGAGAAUCCUAGGGCUUGCAAAAGCACCACAAAAACCACACCCCAAAGAGCAUCUUCGACACCAGCUCUUUGAGAACAGAGUAUGUUCUGUAACUAUGCAUUGCUCAUAGGGAGGGGAGAAAUGGGAACGGAAGGAAAAAAUAUCUGGAGAAAUAGAAUAUCAGGGGCCCGGCUGGGACACUGCUUCAAUCUCCUGAUUAGAUGGAUUGUUUGUUUAAUAAGCUUUAGUAUGGGAAUAGAGUCAUAAAAUAAAGUGUGUAACUCUUUCUCUUAUGCAACUGUGGUUCUUCCGAACAGUGGGUCUGCAGCUUUCGGCUGACAAAUGCAUGAAACUUGCAAACACCACUUUAGUAUUUCCAGAAGUGUAUUCUAAUUUGACAUAUACUUUAAGGUAAUGUGCAGUGUAGAUAUUGCCUUUAUAUGUAGUGUCAAAAUAUUUUCCCAUAUCUCAGUUGAACAAUUAUCGUUUUUUAAAAUGCAUUUCUUAGUCACUUGAAGAGUGAAGUCUUCCCUAACUGGAGCAACUGACCACUAAUGAAUGCUCUGAUUCUUUUUCUUUCUCUCUUUACCAUGGUAACCAGUGAACUUCUUUAACAAAUGAUUAAAAAAAAAUUUUCCCUCAAGCUUCUUGCAUGAAAUCUUUUACAUUUACCAUUUGUGCUCUGGUAAGCCGUAAUAUAUACAUACAUAUGUACAUAUAGACCAGAGCACUAACAUUAGUGUUGGAGGGUUAAAAUUCAGUAGUAGAUUAUGCAGGUUUUAGGUGCCUAGAAGUUUCCUCUUGUGCCAACUUUAGUACCAGCAGAAAAAUAACAAUGGAUGUACCACAGUAUCUUUGGUGUUUGAAAUACAGCCAUUCUGCUCAAAACUGCUACAAAAUCUUCCUUGCUAGGUACGUCCUCCUCACCCCCAGUAGAGGUGCCUACUUCAGUUGGAAACCACUAAUCUUAAACAACAAAUGCAUUUAAAGUGAAAUCUAGACAUCUACUGGAACCUUUGUUCAUUCCAGAAUGGCAUUAAAGAUGACCUGUACAUUUUUUCUCUAGGUGCACAGAGAAAGUAAUCUUGUCUGAGAUAUAGCAUUAUGUACUGGCUUAUGGAACUAGAGCAUAUACUAUCAACUCCUUUCCAAAUAAUAUCAACAUUGGGAGGAAUGAUAUAUUGGCUGUAUCAGUUGUGACUUAGGGUUAACUGAACCAAGGUAAUAGCAUAAUUCUUCAAGAAGCAUAGCUCAAAGUCAAACUACAGUUUGUGGCUAGGGGCUGGUUGCUGAGCCCUAGGAAUUGGUGAGCAAAGGGAGGGUUCUUGGCUGCAAAGCCAUAAACUUGACAGUCACUGUUCCCAUGUGCAAUCAAUUU